AUGAAUAUACUCACGCGAAAGCGCAUGUAUGAUAUCACUCCGCCAUUUCUGCAUAUCUGUUUUAACAUCAGCAUAGUGUUUUGUAUAGAACUCUAUGUUGAUAGCCGUCACAGGGACUCCUCUUCGCCAAGCUUGCCGGCAGAAAUCUCGGUAGAAAUCUGGCAGGAAUGUCGUUGCACUUUUCUGAGCAUACUUAUCCCCUUUGUCAAUAUUUUCCCCGUGUCAGUUACCUCCUUUGUGAUAAAGUACCAAAGGGGCAUUCUAACAAGGGGGAACUGCAUACAUAGGAAAAUAUAUCCACAAAAUUUUAUCAUUUGCAAGCAUAGCAACAGCUACGUAGCCAAGGACACAAACAGGUGUCACAGGAAAGAUAAACCCAAUUUGGAUCUCCAUUUGGAGAGGCGAAAUGAUUGGGUAGCUAAUACCUUUGUGGGCAAGAGGAGGGUGAGAUUGUACAUAUGCAGCAACCUCCUUCGCACGAAAAGGAGAAAUAGAAAUGAGAAAUUAAACCUGCACGUGUUGCCCCAUUUCGAGAGUAGCGCAUCAGAAGGGAAAUACAAAUCGGACGUAAGGUUACAAGGCGAGGAAAAAAUCAUGAGCCACACUUCGUCGGUAAGUGGAGUGAUUAAAAAGGAAAACGGGGAUGCCGUGAAACCGCGAUAUGGUGCUGAGAACGAAGUUGACAAUAAUGUAGACGGAAAGGAUUCCUACCCACAAGAUAGCCACCUACCUGUUCAGCCAAAUUUGAACAAAACAGAGAAGCAAAAAAUUAUUCUCAUUAUCGGAGUAACAUGUAGUGGGAAGACAAAGUUUAGCAUAGACUUGUGUGAAGAAUUAUUGAAGAAUAAUAUAAAGAGCGAAAUAAUUAGUGCGGAUUCUAUGCAGGUUUAUCAAAAAUUUAAGAUAGGUAUAGCCAAAGUAGAGGAAGAAGAAAAGAGGGACAUAAAACAUCACCUGUUGGAUGUAUGUGGACCCAAGGAAGAAUUUAAUGUCCAUAAAUUUAUUAACCAUACGAUACCCAUCAUCCGUAGAAUAAGUGAGAAUAAAAAAUUGGCCAUCGUUGUUGGAGGUACAUUGCUUUACAUCGAGUCAUUGCUUUGGGAAUCUGUGGUAGACUUGGAAGAAGCGCAUAGCGAAACACAUGAAGAUAAAGGAGGAAAGAGAAGCGGAACAGAUCCGUAUGAACACAAGACAAAUGAAGAACUGCAUGCAGAGCUAAAAAGGGUCGAUGAAGAAAGAGCCAAUCAGUUGCACCAAAAUGACAGGAAAAGAAUUUGUAGAAGUCUAGACAUUUUCUACUCAUACAAUAAAAAACAUAGUGAGCUAAUAAAAAUGAAAAACCACAAAAAUAAUCAUUUCGAUAGGACAAGGUAUGCCCCCUGCGUUUUUUAUCUGGACUACGACAAUGAUGAUGUGCUACGCGGAAAUAUCAAAAAGAGAGUCGACGAAAUGAUUUCCAAGGGACUCCUGGACGAAGCCAUCAAAUUAAAAAAACUAAAUGAAAAUACAAAUGUCAAGCUGUUUGGAAAGGGGAUUAACCAAAGCAUUGCAUACAAAGAGUUUGAUACAUACAUCGAAAAAAAAAUUAACAAUGUCAGUAAUGAAGAUUUGUUUAACUUGUGCAAAGAAAACUUGAUUAGAAAAACGUAUAGGUAUGCCAAGCGGCAGAGGAGGUGGAUAUUAAACAGAUUUGUAAAAUGCUAUAACAUCCCGCUGAACAGGGUAGACGUGUCGCGCGACUACCCCGAGCAGCUGGCUGGAGCGGUGCAGAGAGUGUUGAAAUUCUGCCGCAGUUGA